AUGGCGCUCCUCACCUUUAGUCUGGCCAACACGGUCGGCCUGGUAUUUGGCCUGUUCUUCCUUUACACCUUCGGGCACAUGUUCUACAACCUCUACAUCCACCCACUCCGAAGAUUUCCCGGUCCGUUCUGGAUGCGCGCAACAUGGCUUCCAUUCUGUUACAAGCUGUGCACGGGUACUUUGCCCUACGAUAUGCUCGACCUUCAUAGACAGUACGGAACGGUUGUGCGCAUCGGCCCCGACGAGCUUGCGUUCCACGACGCCCGCGCAUGGAAGGACAUCCAGGGUCACCGCUCCAGCGGCGGCUUCGACAUGGACAAGUCGCAGAAGUUCUAUCGUGCCGUUCCCGGCGCCCCCUCCGAUAUCGUCAACGCCGGCCGUGAGGAGCACAUCGCUCUCCGUCGCUCCCUGGCGCACGGUUUCAGCGAGCGCAGCAUGCGUGACCAGCAGCCCAUCAUCAAACAGUACAUCGACCUCCUCUUUCAGAGACUUCACGAGCACUGCGAGAAGGGUGCCAAGGCUCUCGACUUGGCCGCUUGGUACAACUACACCACCUUCGACAUCAUCGGCGACUUGGCUUUUGGCGAGGCUUUUGGCAGCUUGGACAACUCCGACUACCACCCAUGGGUGAAAGCGAUUUUCCAGAUGGCGCGUGUCGGUACCGUCCUCCAGACCAUUACCCACUACCCCUUCCUAGGAACUAUCAUGAUGGCCUUGGUCCCUGAGAGUGUCAAGCGCGAGCAACAAAAACACGAGGACUUCACUACGGCCAAGCUGCAGCGCCGCAUGGACAUCGGACACGAGCGACCCGAUCUUAUUGAGGGCUUGUUGAAGAAGAAGGAUGACUGGGGCAUGACUUUCCCCAAGUUGAGGGCCAACAGCAGUAUUCUCAUCAUUGGUGGUUCCGAGACCACGGCCACCCUCCUUUCCGGCGUCACCUACUUCCUCUUAACCAACCCCGCAGCGAUGAAGAAGCUCACCGACGAGGUUCGCUCCGCCUUUAAGGACGAGAGCGAGAUCGACUUCCAAUCUUCCAGCAACCUUCCCUACCUUCUUGCCUGUUUGGAGGAGGCUCUCCGCAUGUACCCUCCUGUGCCCAUCGGUCUGCCCCGUAUCGUCCCCGCCGGAGGCGCCACCAUUUGCGACGAGUUCAUUCCCGAGGGAACCACUGUCUCUGUCUACCAAUGGGCCAUGUACUACUCUGAGAAGAACUUCGUGGACCCCAGAAGCUACCACCCCGAGAGAUGGCUCGGCGAUCCCGCGUUCGCCAAGGACAACAAGGACGCUUUCCAGCCCUUCCACAUCGGACCCCGCAACUGCAUCGGUAGAAACCUGGCCUACGUCGAGAUGCGCAUCAUCCUCGCACGCAUGCUCUACAACUUUGACAUGAAGAUUGCCGACGACAGCCUCGACUGGGUCGGCAAGCAGAAGAUUUACCUGCUCUGGGAGAAGGGCCCCCUCAACGUCUACCUUACUCCCGCCAAGCGCUCUUGA